UCGCGUGACGUCAUCAACAUGCGUCCACCCAAACAAAUGGAAACGUCCACGAUAACGUAUACAUUGUACACGUGGGGUGCUAACAGUUUUGGUCAGCUGGGACUAAAGAAUGCUGAAGAUCAAGUGAAACCACAGUGUGCAGAGUAUAGACAGGAAGCAAGAACAUUACGGGCCAUCACAGGUGGAGGUGGACAUUCGGCGCUCAUCACCGAAUCUGGUGAGUUGCUGGUAUGUGGACAGAAUCACAAAGGCCAACUCGGACUUGGCCACGUAUCAGAGGUCAUGACCUUUCAGCUUUGCCAGUUGCCUGGCCUCAGGACUGUUCAGCAAGUGUCAUGUGGCUGGGACUUUACCAUCAUUCUAACAGAUGACGGACACGUCUUGGCGUGUGGCUCCAACUCUUUUGGUCAACUAGGAGUCUCCGUGGAGACACAACACACACCGGAGCCUCUUCUACUCACAUCUUUAAAGGAACCUGUCAUCAGUGUAGCGGCAGGGCUUAGACACACGCUCGCUGUAACAGGUUCAGGGGGAGUGUAUCAGUGGGGUACUGGUCUGUUAAGUCAAGCGAAGAGAGCACUGAGUCCUCAGCCUAUCCCUGGCCACUUCAGCUCAAAGGAGCCCUGCCUGGUUACAGGGCUGGACCAUGUAUCUGCCAAGCAUGUGACUGCAGGUUCUGCACAUUGUGCUUGUUUAACAGUGUCUGGUCAGGUGUUCCUGUGGGGCAGCAAUAAACACGGCCAGCUGUGUAGAAAAGAAACCUUCCUACCUCUUCCUACAGCCUUAGAUCAAUCACUGUUAAAUGGAGAAAGAGUUUUAGCUUUACACAGUGGCUGGACUCAUCUAAUUGCCCAGACAGAUGCUAAGAGAGUCCUUACAUGGGGAAGAGCCAGUUAUGGACAGCUUGGGAGACAAUUGACAACCACUGACAGUACAGAAUCAAGUCUUCCUUCUGAGGUUCGGACUCUUCAUGGAGCCACUCAGAUCGCCUGUGGCUCGGAGCACAACCUUGCCAUCGUAGGAGAUCAGGUCUUUUCCUGGGGUUGGAAUGAGCACGGAAUGUGUGGCGAUGGUUCUGUUUGCGAUGUCAUCCAGCCGCAGCCAAUCCCUGACCUGCAAAAUGCCAAAGCUCUCCUGAUUGGCUGUGGAGCAGGACAUUCUUUGGUGCUUUGUUGUUUGAAGAACAGUGAAGAUACUGGAAGCUGAACAGCAUUUAGAAAGGUGUUGGAUCCACUUCAGGUGCCCUUUAGUUUGUUUUCUCACUGCAUGUGAAUAGAAGCCUCUAAACAGAUACUAAUGAUCUUGUAUAAACCUCUUUCUCUCUCUA